AUGGACGUGUACUUGGACGUGGACGUGGACGUGGACAUGGACGUGGACGUGGACGUAGACGUGGACGUGGACGUGGACGUGGACGUGGACGUGGACAUGGUCGUGGACGUGGACGUGGACGUGGACGUGGACAUGGUCGUGGACGUGGACGUGGACGUGGACGUGGACGUGGACAUGGACGUGGACGUGGACGUGGACGUGGACAUGGACGUGGACGUGGACGUGGACGUGGACGUGGACAUGGACGUGGACGUGGACGUGGACGUGGACAUGGACGUGGACGUGGACGUGGACGUGGACGUGGACGUGGACGAGGACAUAGACGUGGACGGGGACGUGGACGUGGACGUGGACAUGGACGUAGACGUGGACGUGGACGUGGACGUCGACAUGGACGUGGACAUGGACGUGGACGUGGACGUAGACGUGGAUAUGGACGUGGACGUGGACAUGGACGUGGACAUGGACGUGGUCGUGAAUGUGGACAUGGACGUGGACGUGGACGUAUACGUGGACGUGGACAUGGACGUGGACGUGGAGGUGGACGUGGACGUGGACGUGGACGUGGACGUGGAUGUGGACGUGGACGUGGACGUGGACAUGGACGUGGACGUGGACGUGGACGUGGACGUGGACGUGGACAAGGACAUAGACGUGGACGUGGACGUGGACGUCGACGUCGACAUGGACGUAGACGUGGACAUGGACGUGGACGUGGACGUGGACAUGGACGUGGACGUGGACGUAGACGUGGACGUGGACAUCGACGUGGUCGUGAAUGUGGACGUGGACGAGGACAUAGACGUGGACAUGGACGUUGACGUGGACGUAGACGUGGACGUGGACGUGGACGUGGACGUAGACAUGGACGUGGACAUGGACAUGGACGUGGACGUGGACGUGGACGUGGACAUGGACGUGGACGUGGACGUGGACGUGGACGUGGACGAGGACAUAGACGUGGACGUGGACGUGGACGUGGACGUGGACAUGGACGUAGACGUGGACAUGGACGUCGACAUGGACGUGGACAUGUACGUGGACGUGGACGUAGACGUGGAUAUGGACGUGGACGUGGACAUGGACGUGGACAUGGACGUGGUCGUGAAUGACAUGGACGUGGACGUGGACGUGGACGUGGACGUGGACGUGGACGUAGACAUGGACGUGGACGUGGACGUAGACAUGGACGUGGACAUGGACGUGGACGUGGACGUGGACGUGGACGUGGACGUGGACGUGCACGUAGACAUGGACGUGGACGUAGACAUGGACGUGGACGUGGACGUAGACAUGGACGUGGACAUGGACAUGGACGUGGACGUGGACGUGGACGUGGACGUGGACAUGGACGUGGACGUGGACGUGGACGUGGACGUGGACGUAGACAUGGACGUGGACGUGGACGUAGACAUGGACGUGGACAUGGACGUGGACGUGGACGUAGACGUAGACGUGGACGUGGACGUGGACGUGGACGUGCACGUGGACGUGGACAUGGUCGUGGACGUGGACGUGGACGUGGAGGUGGACGUGGACAUGGUCGUGGACGUGGACGUGUACGUGGACGUGGACGUGGACGUGGACGUGGACAUGGACGUGGACGUGGACGUGGAGGUAUUGGAGGUGGACAUGGACAUGGACGUGGACUUGAACAUGGACGUGGACGUGGACGUGGACGUGGACAUAGACGUGGACGUGGACGUGGACAUGGACGUGGACUUGGACGUGGACGUGGACGUGGACAUGGACGUGGACGUGGACGUGGACGUAGACGUGGACGUGGACGUGGACGUGGACGUGGACGUGGACAUGGUCGUGGAUGUGGACGUGGACAUGGACGUGGACAUGGUCGUGGACGUGGACGUGGACGUGGACGUGGACGUGGACAUGGACGUGGACAUGGACGUGGACGUGGACAUGGACGUGGACGUGGACGUGGACGUGGACGUGGACGUGGACAUGGACGUGGACGUGGACGUGGACGUGGACAUGGACGUGGACAUGGACGUGGACGUGGACGUGGACGUGGACGAGGACAUAGACGUGGACGUGGACGUGGACGUGGACGUGGACGUGGACGUCGACAUGGACGUGGACAUGGACGUGGACGUGGACGUGGACGUGGACGUGGACGUGGACAUGGACAUGGACGUGGACGUGGAGGACUUGGAGGUGGACAUGGACAUGGACGUGGACGUGAACAUGGACGUGGACGUGGACGUGGACAUAGACGUGGACGUGGACGUGGACGUGGACAUGGACGUGGACUUGGACGUGGACGUGGACGUGGACAUGGACGUGGACGUGGACGUGGACGUAGACGUGGACGUGGAUGUGGACGUGGACGUGGACGUGGACAUGGUCGUGGACGUGGACGUGGACGUGGACGUGGACAUGGUCGUGGACGUAGACGUGGACGUGGACGUGGACAUGGACGUGGACAUGGACGUGGACGUGGACAUGGACGUGGACGUGGACGUGGACGUGGACGUGGACGUGGACAUGGACGUGGACGUGGACGUGGACGUGGACGUGGACAUGGACGUGGACAUGGACGUGGACGUGGACGUGGACGUGGACGAGGACAUAGACGUGGACGUGGACGUGGACGUAGACUUGGACGUGGACGUGGACGUGGACGUCGACAUGGACGUGGACAUGGACGUGGACGUGCACGUGGACGUGGAUAUGGACGUGGACGUGGACGUGGACGUGGACGUGGUCGUGGACGUAGACGUGGACGUGGACGUGGACGUGGAGGACUUGGACGUGGACAUGGUCGUGGACGUGGACGUGAACGUGGACGUGGACGUGAACGUAGACGUGGACAUGGUCGUGGACGUGGACGUGAUCGUGGACAUGGACGUGGACGUGAACGUAGACGUGGACGUGGACAUGGUCGUGGACGUGGACGUGGACGUGGACAUGGACGUGGACGUGGACGUGGACAUGGACGUGGACGUGGACGUGGAGGACUUGGACGUAGACAUGGACAUGGACGUGGACGUGAACAUGGACGUGGACGUGGACGUGGACAUAGACGUGGACGUGGACGUGGACAUGGACGUAGACUUGGACGUGGACGUGGACGUGGACAUGGACGUGGACGUGGACGUGGACGUAGACGUGGACGUGGACGUGGACGUGGACGUGGACAUGGUGGUGGACGUGGAUGUGGACGUGGACGUGGACAUGGUCGUGGACGUGGACGUGGACGUGGGCGUGGACGUGGACAUGGACGUGGACGUGGACGUGGACGUGGACAUGGACGUGGACGUGGACGUGGACGUGGACGUUGACAUGGACGUGGACGUGGACGUGGAUGUGGACAUGGACGUGGACGUGGACGUGGACGUGGACGUGGAUGAGGACAUAGACGUGGACGAGGACGUGGACGUGGACGUGGACAUGGACGUAGACGUGGACAUGGACGUCGACAUGGACGUGGACAUGGACGUGGACGUGGACGUGGACGUGGAUAUGGACGUGGACGUGGACGUGGACGUGGUCGUGGACGUAGACGUGGACGUGGACGUGGACGUCGACAUGGUCGUGGACGUGGAUGUGGACGUGGACAUGGUCGUGGACGUGGACGUGGACGUGGACAUGGACAUGGACGUGGACGUGGACGUGGACGUGGACAUGGACGUGGACGUGGACGUGGAUGUGGACGUGGACGUGUACGUGGACAUGGACGUUGACGUGGACGUGGACGUGGACGUGGACAUGGACGUGGACAUGGACGUGGACGUGGAUGUGGACGUGGACGAGGACAUAGACGUGGACGUGGACGUGGACGUGGACGUGGACGUCGACAUGGACGUGGACAUGGACGUGGACGUGGACGUGGACGUGGAUAUGGACGUGGACGUGGACGUGGUCGUGGACGUAGACGUGGACGUGGACGUGGAGGACUUGGACGUGGACAUGGUCGUGGACGUGGACGUGAACAUGGACGUGGAGGUGGACGUGGAUGUGGACGUGGACAUGGUCGUGGACAUGGACGUGGAUGUGGACGUGGACAUGGACGUGGACAUGGACGUGGACGUGGACGUGGAGGACUUGGACGUGGACAUGGACAUGGACGUGGACGUGAACAUGGACGUGGACGUGCACGUAGACAUGGACGUGGACGUAGACAUGGACGUGGACGUAGACAUGGACGUGGACAUGGACAUGGAUGUGGACGUGGACGUGGACGUAGACAUGGACGUGGACGUGGACGUAGACAUGGACGUGGACAUGGACGUGGACGUGGACGUGGACGUAGACGUGGACGUGGACGUGGACGUGCACGUGGACGUGGACAUGGUCGUGGACGUGGACGUGGACGUGGACGUGGACGUGGACAUGGUCGUGGACGUGGACGUGGACGUGGACGUGGACAUGGACGUGGACGUGGACGUGGAGGACUUGGAGGUGGACAUGGACAUAGACGUGGACGUGAACAUGGACGUGGACGUGGACGUGGACGUGGACGUGGACAUAGACGUGGACGUGGACGUGGACAUGGACGUGGACUUGGACGUGGACGUGGACGUGGACAUGGACGUGGACGUGGACGUGGACGUAGACGUGGACGUGGACGUGGACGUGGACGUGGACAUGGUCGUGGACGUGGACGUGGACGUGGACGUGGACAUGGACGUGGACGUGGACGUGGACAUGGACGUGGACGUGGACGUGGACGUGGACGUGGACGUGGACAUGGACGUGGACAUGGACGUGGACGUGGACGUGGACGUGGACGAGGACAUAGAUGAGACGUGGACGUGGACGUGGACGUGGACGUCGACAUGGACGUCGACAUGGACGUGGACGUGCACGUGGACGUGGAUAUGGACGUGGACGUGGACGUGGACGUGGACGUGGUCGUGGACGUAG